AUGAUGGCAGCACCUGCUUUAGCGCAGCCGGGUCUCAUGCCAUUCCGUCUCCACUCCGUCGUCUCGGCCCUGCCUAGCGACGAAGAAGGAGAAGACGCAUGUUCUUCGAAAAAAAAUCCGGCGCCGGCUCGGACUCCGCCCGACGCGGUCACUUCGAUCGUUGACGGCGCGACCGACUCCGAGAUGUAUCAGGCCGAUGUGCCCGCGGUGGUCCAAGAGGAGGGCCUAAACGACCGGCCAGUCGUGGAUGUGCAGGCAUACGUAUCCAAGCCCAUUCUGGCGAUCGUCGAGAGCCUCGGCAGCUUCGAGAAGCUCGGCUGGCUGGGCGUGGCCUUUGUGCUGGGCUCGCUCGCCACCAUCAUCGUCUGGGGCAAGAUCAUGGGCAUCUUCAGCGUCAAGUGGUCCUACGUCCUGGCCACGCUCAUCUUCGAGGUUGGCAGUGCCGUGUGCGGUGCCGCGCCGACAAUGAACGCCAUGAUCGGAGGCCGUGUGCUCGCCGGCGUUGGCGGUGCUGGCAUGUAUGUUGGCUGCCUGUCGUUGCUAUCGCUGACGACGUCGCUGCGGGAGCGCCCCAUCUAUAUGGCCUCGACCGGCUUCACCUGGGGCGCCGGCACGGUGCGGGGCCCAAUUGUCGGCGGCGCCUUUGCCGAGAAUGUGCACACGACGUGGCGCUGGUCGUUCUACAUCAACCUCUGCAUCGGCGGCCUCUUUGCACCGGCCUUCCUCCUCCUCCUCCCCAACAGUGACCUCCAGCGGGGUGUUCCGCUGGCUUCUCGAAUUCGCCACGUCGAUUACGUCGGCACCGUCCUCAACGUCGGCUUCCUCACGCCUUUCAUCAUGGUCAUCAACUUUGGCGGCACCGUCUACGCCUGGAGCAGCGGCCAGGAAAUUGCCCUCUGGGUCAUUUCCGGCGUCGUCUUCCUCGCCUUCUGCGCGCAGCAGAAGCUGGCCCUCUUCACGACCAAGGAAGAUCGCCUCUUCCCCUUGCGACUUCCUGCACAUUUUGUCCGCGGUGAUGGAGCUCUGGAUGCCGGCGUCCGACUGCUGCCCUUCAUCUGCGUCAUGGUCUUCUGCGGCCUGCUCAGCGGCGCCUUCAUGACCAAGUCUGGCUACUACAUGCUCUGGUUCCUGCUUGGCGGCUGCCUUAUUUUGACUGGUGGCGCGCUUUUGUACACAGUCAACCGCUCGACCUCGUCCUCGCGCGUCUACGGCUACAUGGCCAUCACGGGUUCCGGUGCUGGCCUCUACAUCCAGGCGUCCUAUGCCGUGGCCCAGGCCAUGGUGGCCGCUAAUCGCGUGGCCGACGCAGCCGGCUUUAUAUCAUUUGCCCAGUACCUCGGCAUCGCCCUCUCGCUGGCCGUUUCCGGCACCAUCUUCCAGAACGUGGCCUUGGCCAAUCUGACGUCCCUCUUCCCCGACCAGCCGUCGAGUGCGAUUCGUGAUCUGAUUGCCGGCACAAGCAGCUCGUUGCUGGACGCCUUGGAUGCCGUCCAGUCGGCAAAGGUGCUGCAGGUUAUUAUUGAUGCUAUGAGCCGGACGUAUAUAUUGGUCGUGACCGCCGGCGCCGUGACAGUAGUGUGUUCGUGUGCGAUGAAGCGCGAGCGUCUCUUCCGGGGGUAA